CCGGCGGAAUUGGCGUGGUUUACGGCACUGAGGGCUGCAAGAAGCGGGCUUCAUGUGGGCUUCGGCGCGAGGGGGCCGGAGGGGAAGCUGGAGAAACGCGGGGCUGGCGGCGCUCCUUCCUGUUCUCCACCUUGGGCAAGGCCGCCGCCGGGGACCAGAUUCCUGGACUCCGGGUCAUCAGUGAGGCUGAGCAGGCAUGUUCCACCCACUCCAGUGGAGGCCUCCCUCCAGCAUUUAUUCCUGUUACACCAACUCAGCCCGCUUCUUUGGCUUCAACAGGAAACUUGGUUUCUGUCAGAAUGAGAAGUCCUUGAAGGGCACCUUCCAAUGGUUGUUUGCUUGGCUACAGAAAAGUACAGAGAAAUGUCCUGAGCAGAGAAGCCUUCUCUCCCUGCUGGCCAACCAGUGCAGCUAUGUAACCAGCCAGAGGGUCCAACGUGCCCAGCAGAUUGGACAGUUGUACAGUAACAUCUACUCUGAGAGGACACGUAAGAGCCUAUUCAGCUCCUUAUGGCGCAGGUUCCAAGGACGUUAUGGCAGUGCUGGUAAGCUGAUGGCUGCCUUCACCGGUGUGUUCUUGUGGGAAGAGGAAAGAAUCAAAGAAGAAGAACUGAAAAGGUCUGCAGAAGACAUGAAACGCGUGGAAGAAAUAACCGGACUGUUUUGGGGCAAUGGAAAGGAGAACCAGACACAGGAGACAAAGCCCCGCAAGGACAUAACUUCUGAUCCUGAGGAACAGAGCUGGGAAAUGGUGAUGGACAAGAAGCACUUCAAGCUGUGGCGACGUCCAAUUGGGGGGUCUCAUCUGUACCAGUAUCGAGUCUUUGGGACAUACAUGGAUGUGACUCCAAGGCAGUUUUUCAAUGUGCAGCUGGAUACUGAGUAUCGCAAGAAAUGGGACUCACUAGUCAUCAAACUGGAGGUGGUUGAGAGGGAUCAGGACACUGGAUCAGAGGUUGUUCACUGGGUAACUCACUUUCCGUAUCCAAUGUACUCACGGGAUUACGUGUAUGUUCGACGGUACAGUGUCGACCAGGAGAACAAUCUGAUGGUUCUGGUGUCACGAGCGGUUGAGCACCCAAAUGUCCCCGAGGAUCCUGAAUUUGUCCGUGUACGCACUUACGAAUCCCAGAUGGUUAUUCGCCCUCACAAAACAUUUGAUGAGAAUGGCUUUGACUACCUGCUAACGUACAGCGACAACCCUCAGACUGUGUUCCCUCGCUACUGUGUAAGCUGGAUGGUUUCUAGUGGCAUGCCAGACUUCCUGGAAAAGCUGCACAUGGCAGCCCUGAAAGCCAAGAACAUGGAAAUAGAAGUGCGUGACUACAUCUCCUCAAAGCCCAUGGAGGGAGGGAGCACCAGCAGCAGUGAGGGGGCAGCCAGUGUACCCAACCAGGAGCACAAGGGUGAAGGACCCUGCAGCCCUCUUCAGAUGGGCUAUGCCUAAAGGAAGUUGCUCCCCCACCAAGUUGACAGCCCAAGCCUCUCACUUGCAAACAGGGAUGGCCAAGGAACUGUGCCACCAAGGAGGGAAGCUGCUAGGAACCAUUAGGCUGCUCUGGGAAACAAGAGUUCAGCCAGUCUCCUGUCUCCAUGCUCCUUGCCCUGCCCCCUCUUCUGUGCCAUCUUGGAAGAAACCAGUAAGACCAUGGUGGCUUGGAGCCAAGCCUGGCAAUUUUGAAAAGCAGUCUUGUGUAGCUCUGUAUAUACUGGUGAUCUUAUUUUCUACUGGGAAUGCUCUCCUCCCUGACGGUUUGGUGCUGCCCACAUUAUGUUGGGCUCCCCCCCCCUCCCUUCCCUGCAAAAUUGCCUGGCUGCUGCAGCCUUUUAACACUUUUUUGUACCUCUUGUGGCAUAUGGGCACCAGCAGUGCCUGAGCAUGUGUGUUGUGUGAAGCCAGUCCAAAAGACAGACACUUGCUUCUGGGAGCCAAGAAGUUGGAUCUCUUGCAUCUUCGGCAGCACCUGUUAGCCUGAGUGAGCCCUUGCGCUCUACCUUGCCACGUACCAAGGGCCAUUUCUUUACUGCCAUAGUGCCUUCCCCCCGUCUGGCACUACUGACUAGCCAUGUCAGCUGCUGGAGGCAGACCCCAAGCCUGGGGGAGGCUGCUGCACAGGGCCUUUUUGUUCAGUGCUACACGCUGCUGCCUGAAUGGUUAAGAAAUGGGGCUGUUGUGUAUCUCCUCUCCCAGUUGUUGGCUUGGUGACAUUUGACCAUUUCUUCUUUAAUUUCUCAAAAGGCAGCAGGUUGGGGCUUAACGUCAGUCAAAUGAACAGCAUCGGCAUGCCUUGGUUGCCUGGCGGCGCUGUGUAUUUUUGGUGGGGAGGGGGAGGGACAAGGCCUAUGAAAUGUUUCACAGCCUGUGGCUCCAAGUUGGGACAUGAAGGUCUCUGCAUCACUUGGGUGCAAAUCAGUGGGUCUCUUCUGCAUGGUGAGUUCAGAGGCAUGCAGCCUGCAGACUUGCCUCAGGCUACAAGUGGAGGGAGGGAAUCAAGUUCCCAUGAAAGGAAUUUGCUCAGAUGUGUUUGACUGGAGAGAGUUUCUUGUGCACUUUCUGUCAUGGAGGCAAGAGCUUUGAAACAUUUUAUACAGUAGGUGGAACUUCUUGUCUACUCUGACGAGCAGCAGCUCUCCAGUGGCAUCCAUCUCCUAGAUAUUCUGGGGUUUUUCAAAUCGUAGCUUUUUUGUUUUCCUCCCUUCAUCUAAAUAUAUUAAUCAGCCAGGUUCCCAGAAUGGGGCUGGGGGCUUAUACAUGAUGCACAUAUGAAGACAUGCACCUAUACUGAAGGAUUACACUCUGUCUUGUAGUGUGCAUCCUAAAUGGGCUCUCCUCAAGUGUAUUCUUCUGUAGGAAGAGAUUAUGCUAAGCGCAAAUUAAAAUGUUCCCUCUCCAGCCAAGGUUAUGCAAGGUUUGCUAUUGUGUAUAAAUAUCCUCAGAACCAUUUGUGCCAAGGAAAAAAUGGAUGAGUGUUCCUCCACCUCCAUUUUUCUUGUUUUUUUAGCAUGUGAUCUUAAGAGAGUCCUGCAGAAAAUGUGAGCCGUUAGAAAAUUGUUGGAAAAUGUGAGCCAUCUAGGUUAAGUUGAGGAGAUCUAGCUGUGAAGUUAGAAAGCUCUUCUCAGCUUGGUGACUGACUAGAGAUUGAAGGGGCCUAUAUUGCUGGGGUGGGUGGGGUGGUCUUGUGCAUGAAGGCCUCUCCGGUCUUGUUCUGUGGCCUGGGAGGGCCAUUAAUGUAGGUACCAACAGAUUUUUUUCUUGUGCUUUUACUUAAAACAAGUGGUUUUUAUGAAAAAAGGCACCAAUAAACUUAACUGACUGGUACAACA